UUGCUUUCACUUGUUAAUUUCUGAGGUAAACAAGUUAAAGGAUGAGUGAGCUGGAACAGUUGAGGCAGGAAGCCGAACAGCUUCGGAAUCAGAUCCAGGAUGCCAGGAAAGCAUGUAAUGAUGCAACACUUAUUCAGAUCACAUCAAACAUGGAUUCCGUGGGUCGAAUACAGAUGCGAACGAGACGUACGCUGAGGGGUCACCUUGCCAAAAUCUAUGCGAUGCACUGGGGAUAUGACUCAAGGUUACUAGUCAGUGCUUCUCAAGAUGGAAAAUUAAUUAUUUGGGAUAGCUACACAACAAAUAAGAUGCACGCCAUUCCCCUGCGGUCCUCCUGGGUGAUGACCUGUGCCUAUGCCCCCUCUGGUAACUACGUUGCAUGCGGAGGACUGGACAACAUCUGCUCUAUAUAUAACUUAAAAACCAGAGAAGGAAACGUGAGAGUGAGCCGAGAGUUACCAGGUCACACAGGCUACUUGUCCUGCUGUCGAUUUUUAGAUGACAGUCAAAUUGUCACAAGUUCAGGAGAUACAACUUGUGCUUUAUGGGACAUCGAAACUGCCCAGCAGACCACCACAUUCACUGGGCAUUCUGGAGAUGUGAUGAGCCUUUCUCUGAGUCCUGACAUGAGGACUUUUGUUUCUGGUGCUUGUGAUGCCUCUUCAAAAUUAUGGGAUAUUCGAGAUGGAAUGUGUAGACAGUCUUUCACUGGACAUGUGUCAGAUAUUAAUGCUGUCAGUUUUUUCCCAAAUGGAUACGCCUUUGCCACCGGCUCUGAUGAUGCCACUUGCCGGCUCUUUGACCUCCGUGCGGACCAAGAAUUACUGCUCUAUUCUCACGACAACAUUAUCUGUGGAAUCACCUCUGUAGCUUUCUCGAAAAGUGGGCGCCUCCUGUUAGCUGGUUAUGACGACUUCAAUUGUAACGUAUGGGACACGCUAAAAGGAGACCGUGCAGGUGUUCUUGCUGGUCACGAUAACCGGGUCAGCUGCUUAGGUGUAACAGACGAUGGCAUGGCUGUGGCAACAGGCUCUUGGGACAGUUUUCUGAGAAUCUGGAAUUAAUAGUGUGUGCAGGAUUUUCUGUUCUCCGUUGCUAUCUGGAGAAAUCUGUGCUACAGCCUAUAGCUGUAAAAGAAAAUUUUCUGAGAAGAAAAUUCUACCUUAUAUUUGCAGGUGAAGAUUUUUCUAUUGAGAUUAUUAUAUACAAAAAGAAGCUUUCAGUAAACUACAAAACAAAAAAAGUGGGGGGAAAAAAGCCAAGGCAAGGGUGCUUGCUGAGAUCUACAGGACCAGUGCAUUAAUUUGCAUUGAGCUAACUAACCUUGAUGAGGUUUUGCUUGUACUCAGAUUAUUUUCUUUGUGUAGGACAGAAUGUACACAUAGCAGUCUAUCAUGUUUGUGUGUUUGCUUUUUAAGAACUACGUUUUUAGCUUUCUAUAUGUAAGAAAUAUCACAUUUUUGAGUUCUGUAAUGGAGGAAGUAGGCACAGUGAUAGAUGGAAGAGAUUCCAGAUGGAUGUAUGUGUACUUAUAUUUGAAGAGAGUCGUCUUGAAGUCUGACCUUCCUUUUUAAUCUAAAAGAGAUCUGGUUGCCUAAUGUUUAAGUACUCGAGCAGGCUUAGGUUCCUCUGAGGGAAGACCCUGUUGAGGAUGGGUAGUUGCUGGUGCAUCCUUGGCCAUCCUAUGAAUUUAAAUAAGUGCUCAUUUUCAGUUCAUGGAGGAGGAGAUAAUCUAAAGGCCAGGGAAUUGAGAUUUCAUUCUGAAAUUUUAGACAUACAUAAGAAACUCUUUAUUAAUAGUUUAGCAGUAACUGCAUAAAAAUUGUUUAUGAUCAAAUGACACUUUAAGUAGCCCUCUAAAUAGUUGGGUUGCUUUCUGAAGGAUUGAUAGUCUAGAACGGAGUUUUUAGGGUACACUCAUUAUUUCAGAUUGAUGAACAUUGGACUGACCUUGAAUCUGAAGAAUUUUCCCCAGUGUACUCCGUUGUGCUACAUGUAGAUAGGAAAUAAUGUGGCGACAUUGUUGUUGAAGUAGAGCAGAACCUAAUCAGUCAUUAGACUUGAUUAGUUCUAAUUGUGUAACAAAGUGGCUUUAUGGACUUAUGUUCAGGUAAUAUAAAAUCUGAAUUGAUAUAAAUUUUCUGUGACUUAAAAGAAAUUAGAGCUUUUUGCUCUUCUGUAGUAUUUCUUCUCUUGGCACAGAAUACUGGUUUCUAAGUGAUUUUUGGCCUCUGUGCUUAGAUAUAAGUGACUCCACUUGAAAGCCAAAAGAAAAAUUCUAAGAGCAGCUCUUAAGGAAGUAGAAGAAAAUAGUAAGCAAUUUCUGUUCAUAAAUGGUAUAAUGUGCCUAUUAGUAGAAUGCCUGCUCCCUCCCCACCCCAAAUUUAAACAAAGAUACCUUUUCCUUUGAAUUUUCUCCUAUAACAAAAGCUAAAUGACAAUAGAAGAUUGUUAGUCUUGCUUGAUGGUGAAGUCACGGGCUAUUCUGAUACAUAGAAGUGCAUUGUUCUGUGGUUUAGUGCUGCGUCUGUUACUGUUGAGAUAGGGCUCACCUGUAACCCUAACCUAAAUACUCCCAAAUUUUAAUUGUGAAUUUUCAUUUUUAUAUGGUGAAUGUGCUAGUAAGUGAAUCAGCUAUAAUGAAGUCAGUAUCAGUUUUAAGAUCAGCUGAUGAUGAUAAAACAAAACGGAUAAAGGAAGAUUGAUAUAGGACCAAAAAAGUAACAGUGUAGAUGGCAGGCAUGAAUGUAUAUUUAUAAACAUAAGAUUUCUAUGAACCUUUUGCAAUUAAUGUUUGUGAACUGUCAUUUCAUAAAGAGCAGCUCUUUGAGAUAAGGCAAGAAUAAAGGAACGUACUCAUUUCCCAGUAAAGUGAGCGCCUGACAUAUAGAUCAGCAAUUCAUUCCAAAAUCCUGUUCAAGAAAGCAUUUCUGCCAUGUGCAAAGUAUACACACACACAUAUAUAUACAUAUAUACAUAUAUAUACAUAUAUAUAUAUAUAUACACACAUAUAUAUAUAUGAGAAGUAUCUCCUCUACUUUGAAAUUUAUUCUCAUAACAAGAUAAUUUCCUCAGAGGCACAGACUACCAUGUUGAUAGAAUGAUUUAAAAAAUCUUUGUAGGUUAGUUUUAAAGCAGCUCCCAUAAUUAAAUAUGUACUGGGCAACUAAAAACCAACCACUGUUGUGUUUUACACGUAAUGACCAAAUAGUGACCUUAUUACAUUAACUUACUAGUUAAACCUUCACUCUCCAGUUAUAUAGGUUCCAGUUGCUAAAUUUAUUUACUUGCAGUUCAAGUUCACCUGAUGGUCUAAGUGUUGUGUAUAAGACUUCCUAUAACCAAUUAAGAGUCAAACGGUAUGUAGAAGCACUGUAUAAAUUUUAGUUCGAGUAAAAUUAUGUCCACAUACAGUUUUAAAGAAUUUGAUCAAGAAUGCGCAUUUGGUGCCUAUUAAUUUUACCUUAUAAGAAGCAUUUAAACAUAAUAUGCCUCAGCAUGUUUAUUUAGACUCAACAUUAAUCACUUCAUAAAGAGUGUUUUUUCAGAUCUGGCAAUUUGUUUUUUGCUUUGGAGGAGGGGAGAAUUUUAAGCAGACUCCAUGCUCAGUACAGAGCCUGACAUAGAGCUUGA